AUGCGUGUUCACAUCUUUAAAGCUCACAACUUGACGGAAAUUCACACAAAUGAAAAGGAAGUAACAGAGAAGGAAGAAACUCUUCACUUGUUGCCAGGUGAACAGCUGCUUUGUGAAGCCAGUACAGUACUGAAGUAUGUCCAGGAAGAUUCCUGUCAGCGUGGAGUCUAUGGGAGACUUGUCUGCACAGACUUCAAGAUUGCUUUCUUGGGUGAUGAUGAAUCUGUACUGGAUAAUGAUGAAACUCAAUUUAAGAAUAAAGUUAUAGGAGAAAAUGAUAUUACACUCCAUUGUGUUGAUCAGAUUUAUGGAGUAUUUGAUGAGAAAAGAAAAACUCUUUUUGGACAACUGAAAAAAUACCCUGAGAAGCUCAUCAUCCACUGCAAAGACCUCCGAGUGUUCCACUUUUGUUUGAGGUACACAAAGGAAGAAGAAGUCAAAAGGAUUGUCAGUGGCAUUAUUCAUCAUACCCAGGCUCCUAAAUUGCUUAAACGAUUGUUUCUGUUUUCUUAUGCAACUGCUGCACAAAACAAUACAGCCACCAAUCCCCAGAACCAUACAGCUAUGUUUGAUACACUUGAGGACUGGUGUUGGGAAUUGGAGCGCACCAAAGGCAACAUGAAGUACAAAGCAGUGAGUGUCAAUGAAGGCUAUAAAGUCUGUGAGAGGUUGCCAGCAUACUUUGUUGUCCCCACCCCUCUUCCUGAAGAGGAUGUGCAACGCUUUCAGGGUCACGGCAUACCAAUAUGGUGUUGGUCCUGCCACAAUGGAAGUGCCCUUUUGAAAAUGUCAGCACUGCCCAAAGAACAGGAUGAUGGCAUUUUACAAAUCCAGAAGAGCUUCUUGGAUGGGAUUUACAAGACCAUCCACAGGCCACCCUAUGAAAUUGCUAAGACUGAAGACCUGUCAAGCAACUUUCUAUCUCUGCAGGAAAUCCAGACGGCAUACUCAAAAUUUAAACAGCUAUUUUUGAUAGAUAACAGUACUGAAUUUUGGGACACAGAUAUAAAAUGGUUUUCUCUGUUGGAAAGUAGCAGUUGGCUUGACAUAAUCAGACGUUGCCUGAAAAAAGCAAUAGAGAUUACAGAAUGUAUGGAAGCACAAAACAUGAACGUUCUUCUCUUAGAGGAGAACGCGUCCGACCUCUGCUGCCUUGUUUCCUCUCUGGUGCAAGUGAUGAUGGACCCCCAUUGCAGAACAAGGACUGGUUUCCAGGGCCUCAUCCAAAAGGAGUGGGUCAUGGGCGGCCACUGUUUCUUGGAUCGCUGCAACCAUCUCCGCCAGAGUGACAAAGAGGAGGUGCCUGUGUUCCUGCUUUUCUUAGAUUGUGUCUGGCAGCUGGUGCACCAGCAUCUCCCCGCUUUUGAGUUCACAGAGACUUACCUGACUGUUUUGUCAGAUAGCCUGUACAUACCUAUUUUUAGCACCUUCUUCUUCAAUUCGCCUUAUCAAAAAGAUACUAACAUGGGUAGAGAAAGCCAGGAUAUACCAAGUAAGCCUUUGAAUCUGCUCACCGUGUGGGACUGGUCUGUACAGUUUGAACCCAAAGCCCAGAUGUUGCUUAAAAACCCUCUUUAUGUGGAAAAGCCAAAACUGGACAAAGGCCAACGGAAAGGAACACGUUUCAAACUCUGUCACCAGGCCCAGAAUUUCUCCCCAACAGAUCCCACAAAGGGGAGGGCAGUGAUGCAUCAGCGACAACUCUCUUUGCCACUCACUCAGUCUAAGUCGUCUCCCAAAAGAGGAUUUUUCAGGGAAGAAACAGAUCACUUAAUUAAAAAUCUUCUGGGCAAGAGAAUUAGCAAACUUAUUAAUUCUUCUGAUGAACUGCAAGAUAACUUCCGCGAGUUCUAUGACAGCUGGCAUAGCAAGCCUAUUGACUAUCAUGGUUUGUUGUUGCCUCAUAUAGAGGGGCCAGAAAUCAAAGUCUGGGCCCAACGCUACUUGCGCUGGAUUCCAGAAGCCCAAAUCCUGGGUGGUGGUAGAGUGGCCACUGUGAGCAAACUCUUGGAAAUGAUGGAGGAAGUCCAGAGCCUACAAGAGAAAAUCCAUGAGAGACACCACCACAGCCAGGAGGCCCCCCGGGCAGAGGCUCCCUGCCUGUUGAGAAACUCUGCUCGCCUUUCCUCUCUGUUUCCCUUUGCUUUGCUCCAGCGACAUUCCUCCAAGCCUCUCUUACCCACCAGUGGCUGGAAAGCUCUGGGGGAUGAGGAAGAUUUGGCCAAACGAGAAGAUGAAUUUGUGGACCUAGGAGACGUGUGACCUGUCUGUUGAGUGACUCUGAAAGGGGAAUGUGGGAGAUUGGUAUAGUUGACCCCUAGACUCACAUCACGCCGCAGUGAACGCCGGGAAGGGCCAUUAGCUGGCGCUCCGUUGGAGUAAACUGGGCCUUCAGGAAAAA